CUUCCAGCAGGGUCCGCGCUGUCGCGCCUCUAUCGCUUCGCUCGUCCUUGUUGUGACCGACUCCACUGAGAUAUGUGAAGUGAUCUUGUCGGUGGAAUCCUUGCCUCGCGAGAGACCAAGGUGCAUCAAAGAAGGAUCUCAAAGAAUGUUAAAAGAGCAAGUAGAAAGGAGGUUGAAUGUAGGAAGGGAGAAUAUUAUUAUCAUUGAACCGCUACCCAGAAUUCGAUGGUGCUGCCCGCAAACGGCUAUGCAACUAGGAAACCGGAAAGGGUGAACGGCACAUAGCGGGGUGCAUUGAGAGGGCGAGAGAGAAAGAGAAAGAGAAGAGGGGAAAAAGAGAGAGAGAGAGAGAGAGAAAAAGAGAGCUGGAGAGUGAAAGAGAAAGAGGAACGUAAAGUGGGAAGGUUCGUAGAGGGGAAAAGGGUAAACGCGGAGGCGGAAGACGGAGGGCGCAGAGGAGAGGGCGCCGCGUGCGCGAGAGAGGGACGGGUACGCGGAUACAGAUCCGUCGUGUCGGUGGCCGCUGCGGCAAAUCUGCGGCUCUCCGCGGCCGAUCGUCGAAAGACGGAGAGAGAGAGAAAGUGACCGGACGCGGUAUUAGGGCACCCGGCCUGGAUUUGGGUGCCGGCGCGUUAUUCGCGAUCGUCCAAUCCGUUACCCGAUGUGUUUCCCGACCAGAGACCCAAGGCUGUUCCUUCCGGAGGCCGAGGUAUGAAAGGCUCCAAUGAUGGAACGAUCUCCGCACGAUCUCCGUCACGUUCUUCGCGCAGUCCGGAGAUCGAAUUUGACCAAAACGACUCGUGCGGAUGCCCGUUGUCGGCGAGACUCCGCCGAUACGGAGAUUAAUUGAUCGACGAAGAGAGGAAAGAGCGUUGGAGGACAUCGAUGUCAGUCGACGACCUCAUGGCGCAGGUGGGGGUUGUUCUCUCGUGAGAACGAACACGGAAGUUCACGACGCAGAAUACGCGUGGUGAGGAGAAACGUCGGCAAGUGCGUGUAGUAGCGUCGAGACGCAUCGCCAUUUGUUCGGAAAAAGAAAAAAAAAACGGUAGAGCGUUCGUUCCAUCUCUUCCAUCUCUCCGGUGGGAGUUUCGACGCGCUGAGAACAAUCGCGUCCGCGAAGGUCGUUCGAUCGCGGUGGCAGUAGCGGUGGUGGUGCCAUAGUCAGCAAAGUUUUCGAGCGGUCGCUGGACCGAGGAGCGGAAAGCUGCGGGGGAGAACGACUGCGCGACAUGGAGUCGAUGAAAUUCCGAGGGUGUGAGACACAGUGUACGCUCGUCUUUAAGGUCGGGAGGCUGUAAGCGGUCCCGUGAUUGGUUAAACGCGUCCGCGGGAAUCUUUUUCGCCCUGUUACAUGCGCUAAUUCGAGUUCACGAGGCGAGUUUACGUGUUUGAGGUAAACUGAUGAGGGCCUGCGGUUGAUGGCCGACCGACAUCACGUUCGUCAGGUCAGCCGAAGAUCGGCUAGCACCGUGGGAGAAAGGGGGAGAAGCGGAAAGCGGCCGAAUGGGUUCCCAGUUGAUCGGCCAAGUUCGGCAUUGCGAUCGACAUCGCUAAUUCGCGCGACGGGGCGCCGUGACGACGUUCACGGGCUAAAUGAACUCUGAUAAACUGAAACUGCCGCUACUGCCCGUCGCCAAUUCGACGGGAAACUUUCGUCCAACUCAAUUACGGUGCAGCCGUGUCAUAUUCCGCGCCUGCGAAAGCCAGCGGAAAGGUGACACCGACCUACUCUUCGUCGCAACUCGGCAGGCUCGUAUUCCAUGAAAGGGCUAAUCGUGAUCCUACGGACGCUUCUUCGCGAUUAAUUUAUGAUAAGUGUAGUGAGCCGCUUGGUGUAGAUUACGACGCGCGCUGACGAAGGAGAAGGGGUGAAAAGGGGUUGUUGGUAGCACCGUUAGCGGAUUCAGCAAUUAAUAUGGCGAGACAGGCAUAUUCCGUCGUUGAUUAAUAUGCUGACCACGUAGCGGAGCACCGAGGUGGGAUUUAAAAUUCAUAUCGGUCGCAUAAUCGAUAAUUUGUCACGCGCGCUCUCUUUUUGAUUUCGACUCUACUUAUGUGAGCUGCAUACUAAACAAAUAGCGUCAUGCAAUCGCGGUCUCGACGGGCAACUUGUCCCGGUACCUUGCACGAGAAUUAAGUUGCGGUAGCAAUUAUAAAGGAGAGUGGCCUGGCUGGUUUAAGGUCCGCGCGCGCUUAUGGCGCUCAAUUAAUCAGGAUGAGAUCUGAGAAGUCGCUGACAAUGCUGCUGGUACGACGGAACCCGAAGAACUGGUUUGCGAAAUGAAUACUUCUGAGAGAAACAAUGGGAGCAUCCACGCGAGCAUGACGGCCUCAUUCGGUGUCGCGGACGGCACGUUUAGACGGCCAGAAUCGAGACUCUCGAAUCAUCACUGAAACCGAGAAGUGUCGUCACCGUCGCCGUCAACGCUCUGUUGCAGUGGAGUCAGCUGCCUGUUCUCGCCUCGAGGCGAGAAGAGGAUUGGACGGGAUCAGCAGAUAUCGGGUAGACACCGAUAAAAGGACGGUGUUAUGUUAGUGACAAGGCCUCACCCUCUAGGAGGGCGCAUACUACUCGCCCUCUUCCUUUUAACGGGGUGUUUCGCCUUGCUGUCACGGGCAGCCGCCUUCCCGGACUGGACAGAUUGUCCCGCGGUAUGCCGAUGCAAGUGGACCUCCGGCAAAAAGUCCGCUCUAUGCCCGGACGCCGGCUUAACGUCGCUGCCGGCGUCUCUUGACCCGGACAUGCAGGUGCUCGACCUGUCCGGAAACAAGAUACCUGCUCUGCAGGCGGAGAUAUUCAAAUUGGCGGGCCUGGUGAAUUUGCAGCGGGUUUUUCUGCGUAACGCCGGCAUUCACAGUAUUCACGCCGAUUCUUUCAAAGACAUGAGGAUACUCAUCGAGAUCGAUCUGUCGGACAAUCACGUGACGGUCUUGGAGCCGGAUACAUUCCUUGGAAACGAGCGCCUGCGCAUUUUGAUACUAAGCGGGAAUCCUCUCGGUACUCUGCGUAAUCAACAGUUUCCUGUGUUGCAGCAUCUGCGAAAUUUGGAACUGCAGCGGUGCUCUUUGACCGAGGUACACGGACAGGCUUUCGCCCGCUUGACCGGCUUAGAAUUCUUAAAGCUAGACACUAACCAACUGGAGUAUCUAGAAACCUCAGUGAUAUCCGGGUUAUCUCGAUUGAAAACCUUAACUCUGGACGGCAACCGAUGGAGAUGCGACUGCAGACUGCGAGAUUUCCGAACUUGGCUUAUCCCCGACGUGCCCAAAAAGUUGUAUUCCGUACCGCAAAUCUGUUCGGGUCCAUCAAGAUUGGAAGGCCGCAGAUGGGAGGAAGUGAAACCUACGGAGUUCGCCUGCGAGCCAAAAGUGUUCGUUCUGGCGAGCAGUAUACAGGAAGAGACCAACGGUAAUCUCAGUCUGGCGUGUCGGGCAAGCGGUGAUCCCGAGCCUGAAGUUUGGUGGCAACUGAACGGCGGUCCGGUCAAUGCCACCAAGUCAACCGAUCAACCUUAUAUGGGGACUCUCGUUGUUUACACAACGUCAGAGGCCGGCAUGCCUUCCAAUGACAAGUCUGCGUCCAAGACAGUCGCGGAUCGAUGGAGCAAUUUGACCGUUUACAACGCCAGUGACAGCGACGCCGGCGAAUACGCCUGUUUCGCGAGGAAUAUCGCUGGUCUCGCGCGAGACACGGUCAGCGUAGCGAUACCCCGCGUCUACACGGCCCCGACUCUCUCUCAGAGCGACAACUGGUUGCUCUGGGUAAGUUUAGCUGGAGGCGGUGCAGCCGCCGCGUGUGCCUCCAUCUCAGCCGUAAUGCUGGUUCUCUGUUUAUGCGGCGGAAGCCGACGGCAAAGUAAACGCGAGAAAGUGAAGCUGCAGGGCAGCGGCAGUUUCGGCGAUCAGGAGAAGAAGCUGCUGGAUCUGUCCGUGACCACUACCACGACGCCCGGCAAUAGCAACGACCGCGGCAGCGGUCACGGCAGCCUCGGCGAGGCGUGUAGCACCGGUGAUCUCGAACUGGCGGAACGCAGUUCCAUUUGCGAUCCUAUGGCCGCGGCCGCAGUCACCGUCGAGCGGCUGCGACCCGCGGACAGCUCGGUGAACGCCAUCCGUACGGUUCCGUGCGCCGCCGCGGCCAGCCCUGGAGUAUUUCCGCCCCCGCCGCCGGAAUUUACCACCGGUGUACUGCCGGCCGGGAUCUUCGGCAAUAUCUUCAUCUCCGUGUCAUUGCCGCAGGACGCGUCGUCGGAGCGCUGCUACCCGGACCUCCUCGACAUACCCGUCCACGCGGUUAGCGGCGCUACGACCGCGGUAUCAACCGGCAGCAAGACUGCCCUGUCGUCAGCAGCAAUCAACGUUUCUAGCUUCGCCACGCUGCCGCGCCGGGCCUUACGCUCCACCGAGGCCGCCGCCGGCUCGCCUUACGACAAUAUGGGGCCGCGCAUUACGGCGAACGGCAGUUCCGCGUUCUCGCUGACGGAUAUGGACCUGCAGUUAUCGCCACCGCCACCACCGCGGAUCAUUCAACCGCCACACGAGUUCGUUUCCCUCUAGAGCAGCGGUGCCCUUCUUCCAAGCCAAUCCGUAUUGUCGUUAUACCGAUUUCGUAAUCAAUAAUAUUCCGCUAAUAGCGUUAUCUCGAUAUAUACUGCGGAGCGUCCAUUAUCGACCGGGUAUUAUUGGAUAACAACAAUUAGCGCGCGGUAUAUUAACCGUGUCAGGAAUCGCUCAUGAAUCGACUUCCCGAGAACGCACGCGCUCGCUUCGAACGCGUGAUCCGUAUACGCUCCUCGGAAUUUCACAAAGACAUGUCACAAAUCAUCCUAGUGAACGUCAACUAACAGUAACAUAAAUAAAAAUCGAUAUUAUUAACUUACUACUCAACAAUGCAAUUGUUAUGUACAUCAUGUAUUAUAUUACAUUCGAGAGUGGGAAAAUAUAAUAUUAAGUUACUAUUAGUUGAUAUUUACUAGGUCACGUAUCAAUACAAUUUUGACAGUAAUAUCAAAUUAGGAUCAUAAUGAUUGGUUUGAAGAAUUUUCAGCCCGAUAUUACGCGUUCGCUAAGUCAUCGUGGUCAUUAAAGAUUUUGCAACCUCAAAAUAUUGAUUGCAAUUCUGAACUGCCAUUUAUGAAAUCAAAAUUUCGAAAUAUCAUUUAAUUAUGAAGAUAAGUUACAUAUAUCUUUUAGCAAUUAAAAGUUUUAUAUCAUUCAAUGUCGAAUAUUAUGUGGCUUUUUGUGUAUCUAAUCUCUAUAUUUAUUGUAUAAAAAAACAAUAUAAAACUCAAUCAAUGAGGAAUAAUCAAAUGCAGAUAACUCAAAUGUUUAAAAGACAUCGUAAAGGUGUCUUUAAUAUUUUUUCAUCGUCUUCUGGACUUCCGUACUACGUUUAAGAAAAUCUAAUGAGUAUAGUAUAUCUCUAAGUGAAUUUUCUCGAGUAUUUCAUUAUACAUUGACAAAGAAUAUAUAAACAAUUUCCAGGAAAUGGUCAACAUGUGUCGAUAUAUAUAUAUAUACAAUGGAUGUUUUCCAUUCAUGUAAUAUAAAGAAACAUUGGUUUCGAUUUAAGUGGUUAAUACGUUAAAAGUAUUAUCAUUCAUGAAAAUUUGUGUGCAUUACAAUAUGUGCAAUAUUUCGAACAAAUUGAACAUAGUUGAAUAACUUUUGUAACAAUAUUUCAUAAUAUAAACAUAAAAGUAAGUUGACUUAUAAUUUCAAUUGUAUAUAUUUUAAAUACAUUUCACUCUAUUUGCAAUCAUAAAUUAAACUAUAUUUCAAAGAUUUUUAUUUUAUAUUUUUUGUAAUUUUCAACAAAUAUCUUUUUUAACGGAUAAAAAUUAUUUCCUCUAUUGAUACAAUCAAUUCUAAUUGAUAACGGUAAUCGUGAUAGCAAUAAUAUUAUUUUCAAAUUUUCUGUUUUUUCCUCCAUUUAUAAUUAUUUAUGAUUAUUUAUGAUAAUUACAUUGGAGAAGAAUAGAAAGGUUUUUUAUUUUUAUAGUUUAAAUUUCUCUUUUUCUCUUUUCUUUAUCUUCAGUAUCAACGGAAUUAAUUAGAGUCGAUUUGUGAUAUCGACAUGAAUUAAAUGGAAAACAAAAAUGAUAACUGAAAAACCUGUCAGUUAAUUUCCAUUACUGAAUGAAAAGCAGCCAUUUUUGGUGAGCACUUUGCAAGUUGCAAGAGUAGGUAGUUAUCGGCGGGUAGCCGGACACCUCUUGGGAAACGGCGAGAAUGUAGUCGUGAUUAGACAUCUCUCGCGGGUGCAGUUAAAGUCGACGUUCUUCCCUUCGGCAUGCAGCGCGUCCGGCUGAAUGCGGAGAAAGCGCUGAGAGAGAAAAUCGAUAUCUCGCCGUGUCGCGGCCGGCGUGUCACCGAGAUUAGUAUACGGAGCAUUCGAUCGAGGGGCUGAUAUCAGCCACGAUUGUCCGACCUAUCGAAUAUCUGUCUGUCUAUGCUUGUCUGCCUGCCUUGCCCGCUUGUCCGGCCAGCUGCCCGCGGCUGCUUGCGCCUAUAAUGAGUGAAUGAUGGACGGGUGCGUGUGGAACCUCUUAGAUCUAAGUCUCUUCUAGUCUGCUAACAAAUAACCCGAAAAUGAGGCAACUGUUUGUAUAUACUUCACGACUACUUCUUCAACACAAAUGGACCUUCGACUAGCGCGAGCGAACCGGCCGCGUCUCAUUAUCUUUCCCUUCCAUUCAUUCUCCAAAAUGUAUCACUAGUUUGUUACGUAUUCUCUACGUGUGUACAUAUUUGUUAUUACGUCACACAUACACAUUCACACACACACACACACAUUCGUGUACACGCGCAUACAUCUGGACGUUGUGAAUUGUGCGCGUACGCCGGCGCGUUAUACACGGAAAAUAUUCAUUAUGAACACUUUGUCAAUUAAUAAAAUCAUUGAAUUUUACAUACAUCGAGCCACUUUUGUGUAUUGUCUUAUUACGUUGGUUGUGCACUUUUCGUGAGAAAAUGAUGUGCGGUACCGUAUUAUGUUCAAUCGAAUUCGACUAUAACAUUCAUCGGCGUGUAAAUCACAUUUUUCAGAGAAAAAAUCAACAAAAGUAUUGAAAAUUGGAACAA